AUGGUGUAUUAUCCGCUCGCCGCCGCCGUGCGCUGCCACUGCCCGCCCCUCCUCCUCCCCCGCCGCGCCCCGCCGGCGACGGCGGCCACCCCACUCCGUAGCCGCCCCCUCCAGCUCCGUCCCCUCACAUCCUCGCCCGGACUGCGGACCCGUGGCCGCCGCCACGCCGUCGACCCCGAGGACGACGGCGGGGAAGACGACGGCUUCCUCACCCUCGACCUGGAGGACUUCGAGGGGUUCGCCGACGCCGACGAGGAGGCGGAGGGGCCGUCGCCGUGGGAGGGGGCCGUGGUGUACCGGCGCGACGCGGCGGCGCAGCACGUCGAGUAUGCCACCACCCUGGAGCGUCUCGGCCUGGCCGACCUCUCGUCCCCGCACUCCCGCGCGCGCGCCGCCGCCAUGGGCAUAAUGCCCCCCUCCAAGCCGCGGCGCGGCGCCGGGGAGGCCGCGACGACGCCCGUGCUCGUCUCCGUCGACGUCGCCCGGCGCCGCGGCAGGCUCCGGCUCGACGGCAUCCUGCGCACCGUCAUCACCCUCGGCUGCUACCGGUGUGCUGAGCCAGCUGCCGAAGGCGUAUUCGCGAAUUUCUCUCUCCUGCUGACAGAAGACCCGGUGGAGGAACCCGACGUGGUCGACCUCGGCACCAUAUACGAAGAAGACAGAACCAAAUUCCCUUCGAUAACUGGCAGCGAGGACGAGAAUGAUGAAGAUAUAGACUGGGAUGACCGCCUGCAUUUCCCGGCCGGGGAGAAGGAGAUCGACAUCUCGAAGAACCUUCGGGACAUCAUCCACCUGGAGAUAACGCUGGAUGUCUUCUGCAGCAGCACCUGCAAGGGCCUGUGCCUCGUCUGCGGCGCAAACCUCAACACGAGUAGCUGCAGCUGCAGCAUGGAGGAGCCGCAGGCCAAGGACGCCAGGCGUCCGGGAACCCUCAAAGACCUGCUGAAGCCUAUGCAGAGAAGAUUAUGA